CAGGUAGGGCUCCUAGCGGUUUGGAUAGGUUCGGAUUCGGAUCAGAAUCCGUGGAUUCUAGAGGUUUGGAACUUAAAACCGUAUCCGGCAGUUAGAAAUCCGCGGAUAUGCGGAUCAACUGCGGAUUGCAGAUACCAUGCUCCAAAUUAGGAAAUCCAUCAAUUUCUCCAUAACAACCGUGCAAACUACCUUGCGAGAAGUGUCCCAUUACAAUUCACGUCUCACUACCUGCCAAUCCUAUGUCCUCCCGACAAGAAAUUGACCUCACUAAUGUUAUCAGUGGUGGACGCAACCGAAAGCGAUCUGCCAAGGCUCUUGAGGCUUUGGACUGGUACAAUUCUACAGUACAGAACAAAAAGAGAAAGAAUCCAGUCUCUUCGACUCCUGACUCUCCAACUCCCGACUCUCCAACUCCCGACUCUCCAACUCCUGACUCUCCAACUCCUGACUCUCUGACUUGCAAUCCUGCCCAAGGCAGAAAUACAGCAUCUACUGAUGCACCAGAAACCUCAUCCAACCCCAAUGCUAAUUCCGAUGACUUGGACAAAUUCUAUGCAUGGAGGAAGAACUUAGUAGGGAGGCCAACAAAGGACUGUGCUGCUGACUAUCCGAAAUGGAAAAAAUCGAAGUCACCUAUAUACACCUUCCUCAUUUUGCUUCCACAUACCAUUCAAUACAACGCACUUGGCCAAUUAAAGUGGUGUGUCCUGCGUUGCAGUCCCUGCAAAGAUAAGGGAGUCAACCAAACUUGGACAUGGAAGACUUCAGGUGGUGGAAGCACUUCCAACUUCAAUGGCCACUUUGAGACCGAGCAUACGCAGAUCUGGAAGAGAGCAUUGGAGGCUGAGUGGGAAGGGACUGGGAAAAAGCCUGCGGGUCUGGUGACAGAAUCAGGACAAACCACACUUCCUUUUGCUGCGGUAUGUCUCCACAGUAGUAAUUAGACUGACUGCUCACUAUUUAUUGAAGCGGUUCGACUGGGACAGGUUUUACCACCUACUAGAAAACCAUAUCAUUAUUGAAAAUGAGCCUUUUACUAUUGUCGAGAAGACUUCCUUUCGUGCGAUUGUUGCAAUG